AUGGUGCAGCGCCUCACCUACCGCCGCCGGCACUCGUAUGCCACCAAGAGCAACAAGCAGCGGGUGCUGCGCACUCCUGGUGGCAAGCUGACGCUGCAGACCGUCAAGAAGAAGACCACGCACCCCACCUGCCCCAUCUCCGGCCAGCGGCUGCACGGGCUGCCCGCUGUGCGGCCCGGCAGCCUGCACCGCACGAACAAGAGCAAGAAGACGGUGCACCGCGCCUAUGGCGGCCACCUGGCGGCGGGCGUGGUCAAGGACCGCAUCGUGCGCGCCUUCCUGGUGGAGGAGCAGAAGAUUGUGAAGAAGGUGAGGGGCAUGGGAGGGAGGUGGAACCAGCAGGGUGUGGGAGUGCAGGGCAGGGAUGCAGCCCUCGCCGCAGUGUGCAGCAGCUGGGGCAGCACGGAGCGUUUGCAGCAAGCAUUUGGCAGUCGCAGCUGGGAUGCAGCCCCGCGCUGCGGCACUCCAUGUCCAGUUGGGGGCUGCAGCAGCUCGAUCAAGAUGCAGCGGCCGUAG